AUGAAGUGCUACGGAGUCAUUCUGCUCACCAUUUUCCUGACUCUCUUCGGGAACAUCAAGGCGAAGUCGUAUGAUGGUGGGAUUGACGCUGAUCCAUCCGGACGCGUUUUCGGCGGAUAUUUGCUGGGGCGUGAAGACUUCUAUAAGAAUAACUUUACUGUUCUGGUUCUACAUUAUGCGGAUCCGAGUGAUUGUGAGCCGGACUCUUCGUGCACAGGAGUUAUUAUCACUGCAGAUUGGAUAGUUUCAACUGCCUACUGCCUUGCAGAUAAAAUAGUUGAAGGUUUCGUACUGUUUAUAACUGGUGCCGAUGGAACAAUUUAUAGGAGAUCCGUUACGGAAGUUCAAACAGCUCCAGGGUACGAUAGUACAACAUUCGAGAACAACGUCGGACUUGCACGAGUGGACACGCCAUAUGACUUCACCACUGGUGCACUGUCAUUUAUUUAUGAACCAGAUAGUUCCUGGGACAAAACCACUUUCUUGAACCAGAAAUUGUCCGUUGCGGGCUACAGAGAUCCUUACACAACGCUCAGCAAUUACGAUUUCGAGCCAACUGCCUUUGGCGUCUCGCCACGAGAUCCCGCCGUUUACGCACCCUGCGCCGAUCUUCCUGAUCGCCCAAAUGAAGUGUGUGGCGCUACUGUGGACAAUGAAAAAUACGUGGUUUGCCAAAACGAUAUGGGUGCUGCCCUCUACCCGGUAGACAGUGAUGGUGCAUUCUACUUCUAUGGAUUGGCUUCGUACACGCUGACAGAGGACUGCGUCGGUCCAACAAUCUAUGUCGUAAUGAGCGCCUAUACUGAUUGGAUUGUAUCUGUCUUGUCUGCUUAA